CUCCGCCGUCACACUGGACCACGCAGCUCGCCAACCGUUCAGACACAUGACAGUUCCGCCUGCUACCGAUUAUAGUUUGGACUUCACUCCGCCUCCACCGGUGGAUCCGUCUAUCCGCCGUCUGCUCCGUCCCCAGCCAGUGGCUUCCGCCGAAGAAGACGAGUUCAGAGGCCACUCCAAAGCCAUCCAGCGCGCCCAGCAGAUCGACCAAACUCGUUAUGCGAAGCUCGAGGCGGACAUUGGCGAUACUGGCUAUCUUCCGUGGAUCCUUGCUGCGUGGGAAGAUGAAAAGGUCCUGAAUAGCGCUUCGGUCAAACAUAUGACUUGGGAGCAUUGGGUGCGGGGCUGCGACUACGCCCUCGCCGGCACGGUUCCAGAGGUGCUCAACAUUCUAGCAAAGAGGGUCAAUCUUGCCAAGACACUUCGCACCGACAAGCCUCUGGCGUCUACCCUUAAGGAUUACGGAGUGGGGGCGGCCAAGGAGUUUCCCAGCAUCUACGUCCGGCAGCUCGUGGUCGGCCCAGACCAGGACGAUAUAACGGUCGAGCAGGCCAGAGAUAUCGCCUUGUACAUCAGGCAGUACGCGAGCGCCGAGCCCUCCAAAGCAGAGGAGGCCUACAUAAUCGACAAGAAGCUGCGUCCAGACUGGACACGCGAACUGUCAGAAGACGGUGUUCGUGUUCUGACACACGACAAGAAUGGUAUGCCUUCAGCAUACAAGAAAAGCGUUCUGCAGACAUUCGGCGAGAACAUCGAGAAGGCGGCUGACCAUGCGGAGGCCCUUAACCACACCCAUAUCCCGACCAUGUACUACGUGGGAUACGCCCACAAGGCCGCGGAACGAGCUGACCAGCAUGCCAAGAAAACUCUGGGUACAGACGCACUGUUCAACUUGACCGAGUAUCUGCUUGAAGAAUGGGGCCAUCAUCCUGCGGCAGUGAUGCAGCCUGUUUGUCUCUUGCUCACACAUACGUAUGCUGACGUGGCCGAAAUGUUUCUCUGUCGUCUGAGCCAGGGCUACUACUAUGCUGGUGGCUACAACCAGGCUCCGUGUGGUAACAUCAGCAGCGUGUGGGCGAUUACCAAGGACCAGUGGGCGGAAUUUCGGAUGAAGCACAAUACGAGAUUCAAGUACAGGGAGAAGAUGGAAGAGGAGCUCGUGAAGCGCAAGGCUUUUCAGAGGAGGGACUUCGACGCUGAGACCGACCGACUCGCUACCGAGAUAGAGAAGCUCGAGGCGGACGAACGCAAGUUGAUUGAGACUCACCGUAAGCUCGAGAAUGAGCUGGAUAUUGACCACAUGAAGAACGACCCCUUCUUGAGUCAGUUUGUCGCCGAUUGGGAGAAGCUGGACGCUUUCGUCAAGAGCUCUCCUCUGUACCACAGGUAGAGUCGUACACAUCACAAUGCUCCCAUGAUGACCGCGGACAAAUCGGUGCCAGCUUGUCGGAGUCUAGGUAUCUGGAGAUAUUUGCAAGUAGCGUAGAAGCUAGCUCAAAAGCCUCCACAUGAAACAAGUUUUGAAA